AUGGGUGUUCAGAAAAAGACUCGCAAGUUCGCAGAGGUGAAGCGACUCAUUGGUCGUCGCGAUGCCAGACUAAAGGAAAACAAACUCAAGGCUGAGCUCGCUCAGAAGGAAAAGGAAAAGAAGACCAUCAACGGCGAGCUUAUUCGAGAAGCGCCUCAGAUGCCAAGCAACAUGUUCUUUCAACACAACACAGCUCUCGUUCCUCCCUACAACGUCCUCGUGGAUACCAACUUUCUCAGUCACUCGGUGCAGCGGAAGCUCUCUCUUCUCGACUCCAUGAUGGAUUGCCUCUAUGCGAAGUGUAACCCUAUCAUCACAUCCUGUGUGAUGAGCGAACUUGAGAAGCUCGGACCUAAGUAUCGACUGGCCCUAAGAGUUGCAAGGGACGAACGAUGGACACGGCUUGAAUGCGACCACAAGGGCACCUAUGCAGACGACUGUUUAGUCGACAGGGUGCAGAAAUCCAGAAUCUAUAUCGUGGGGACAAAUGAUAAGGCGCUCAAGCAACGGCUACGAAAGAUUCCUGGUGUGCCAAUCAUGAGUGUGGCAAGGGCCAACUUGGUUCUGGCCAGCACUAAUGUCGUUGAGCCUGGUUACUAUUUGAAAGGGUCAUUAUGCGAUGUUCUAGGAGAGCAACCAUGUGGGCAAUGCUCCAAAAAGGGACGCGCAUCUCAGUGUACUUAUGCCCCAAAACCUGAACGGAAACGCCCUGCCAAAGGCAUGUCCGCACGUUUGAAGCGUCUCGAGGGCAUGGUGCGGGAGAUGAUGGACUCUGAAGGUGCAGUCCCAGGAACCCAAGCAGGUACCGGAGCCGGUGCAGGAUUGGCGAAUGGUACUGCUACAGGACCGGACGUCCAAGGCCAUGUCGUGCACAGCAAGAAAGGGGCAACCUACGUUGGCGCAACGCAUUGUAUGGCAAUGCUGGAAGAUAUUGAGGACUUAAAAGACUACUUUGAGCAGCCUGAAGAAGCGGGAGAGGAUCAAAUCCUAGACGACGAGAUUGAUCCAACAGAAGUCAUGUUGAACACAAGAGCUGGACCAAGGAACCGCGAGGAGCUACUUAGUCGCCUACCGGACAGAAUGGUCGCAGAUAGACUUCUUUCGCGUUACUUUGCGUCAAUGAGUCCUUCGCAACAUAUUGUUCACCGGCCAGUUUUCACCAGGCAGUAUUCUAAGUUCUGGCAAGACCCUAACGAAGCAUCAUUGCAUUGGAUAGCGCAAUUAUUCAUGAUGCUCAGUCUUGGCGUCUUUUUCAAUAACUUUAUAAACUCAAGUGAGCUCACGGGUGACUCUCCUCUCCCAGCCCAGGACCGGAUCCGUCACUACAAGGCUUGUGCCGGAUGGGCUCUCGUCUGGGGCAAAUAUACACAACCAUCCUCGGCGACGCUCCCAGCGUUCUUGCUCUACGUUGAGUCAUCUUUCCUCUUCAACCGUGCAGCUCAAAUGAACUGCUACGUACUCUCAGGCGUAUGCAUCCGUCUGAUGCUCAAGAUGGGUCUUCAUAGAGACCCAAGUAAGCUGGCGAACAUCUCACCUUAUGAGGGCGAGAUGCGGAGGCGCAUGUGGAACAUGGCCAUUCAAGUCGAACUUCUCGUUUCUUUCCACAUGGGCCUCCCGAGCAUGCUACAAGGUAUAGAAACUGACACGGCAGUACCACGAAAUCUAGACGACCAUGACUUUGAUGAGGAUUCGACGGAAUUGCCGCUUAGUCGACCACCUACAGACUGGACCUCUAUGACAUACCCGAUCCAUAAGACACAGAUUCUUCGAGUAUUUGGACAGAUCGCGAGACAAGCUCAUGCUCUGACACCGCCAAGUUAUGCUGAGGUCGCCAAGCUCGACAACUUGCUGUACGAGACCUGGAAGAGUGUCCCAUCUUUCAUGAUGGUACGGCCACUAGAUGAGUGUGUUGGUGAUCCGCCCGUUCUGCUCAUACAACGUUUUGGGUUGACAGCUCUAUACAACAAAUGCCGUAUUGUAUUGCAUCGUCGGUAUCUCGCAGAGGCAAUUCCGCAACGUGAGCAUGAUUACUCACGCAGGCAGUGUCUAGAGGGUGCUUUGUCGCUGCUCAAUUAUCAACACAUUAUCUGGGAAGCUUGCAAGCCAGGUCACGUAUUGAGCCAGCAUGGUUGGUUUGUCUCGUCCCUCGCGGUUCAUGACUUUCUCAUGGCCGCAAUGGUCCUUUACCUCGUCGUCAAAAAUGAAAACUAUUCAGAAGUUGGAAGUGACUAUGACUGGAUGUCGCAGAGUGCACCAACACCAACUAAAGAUGAAUUAAUUUGUAUGAUCAAGAGGUCUUGGCUCAUUUGGGCAGAUGUGUCACGAGACGCAGUGGAAGUCAAGAAAACAGCAGAUACACUGGCUACAAUGUUGGCUAAGCUCGGAGCUUCAGUUGAAGAGCCAGCAAGUGCCCUUGAACAAGCUGUUCCCAGUGCCAGUGGUGAUAACGAAUACUCUUCGCUUGGGGCUCCAUCUGUAGACCCUAGCACACUGGGGUCGAUCGGAGGUGAUCCGGCACUGCUCUCGAGUCUGGGGUUGGGGUCAUCGACGGGAUCUACAUCAGACCAGACACCCCUGGAUCUCAAUCUGGCAGGAGAUGCAGGAACUAGCAUGAACUUUGCGAAUAUGGGGACGGAAGGUCUUCAGUUUGAUCCGGCUUGGAUGGAUACUGCAGCUAGCAACAUGGAUUGGCGAUACCUCGACAUUUCGCUGGCUCACAGUCACGAUGCUGGACGCAACGAAGACACUGGUCAGACGUGGAUAGAGAGGGCACCGCCGUUAGAACAAAUGGAUAUCAUGGGUUCAGGAAUCUGGAUUCCAGGUCAUCCUGAAUCCACUUGA